AUGAAGGCCCAAUCCUUGUUUCUAGCCUUGGCCACCGUGCCCGCAGCUUUGGCGCACACAGUCUGGACUGACUUCUACGUUGAUGGCGUUGCUCAAGGUGAUGGUGUUGCGAUGCGUAUGAGGAAGGACCCAGCAAAGGCAUCAUUCCCUCUUGAAGAUCUCUCUAGCAACGACAUGGCAUGCAAUGUCGACGGCGAGACUGGAGUCUCACGAGUCCAGCCAGUCAGCGAUGGAUCCACGUUGACUUUCGAAUUCCGAUCCUGGCCUGAUGACCCCAGCAAGGAGCGCCUUGAUCGUGGUCACUACGGACCUUGCGCCGUCUACCUAAAGAAAGUUGACUCUGCUGUCGACGAUCCAGGUCACGGUGAUGGCUGGUUUAAGAUCUGGGAUGAUGGUUACAACGCAGACACAAAGCAAUGGUGCACCGACAAGAUGAUCGACAACAAUGGCCUCAUGUCCAUUGUUCUUCCUUCUGGUCUAAAGGGCGGGUACUAUCUCGCACGCCCUGAAAUUCUGGCACUCCACAACGCUAACCAAGGGGACCCACAGUUCUAUGCUGGUUGUGCUCAAAUUUUUGUUAAGAGCUCUGGAGAUCUAGUUCCCGAAGAAACUGUCAGCAUUCCUGGAUAUGUCAAGGCUGGGGAGGAUAGCGUUAGCUGGAACAUCUACACUGCCGAUAACUCCAAGUAUCCCAUUCCUGGUCCCGCCGUCGCGAAGCUCUCCUCGAGCUCUACUGCUGCUGGUGCCAAUGUGAAGGCGCAAACCACCCAAACCCAGGGUUUGAAGCCAGAUACUUGCAUCUGUGAGAAUGCCAACUGGUGCGGAAAGGAAGUCCCCUCCUACUCCGAUGAGGCUGGAUGCUGGGCAGCGAAUCAGAAUUGCUGGGACCAAGGCAACACUUGCUACAGCACCUCACCGCCGACUGGUAACGCAGGUUGCAAGAUCUGGGAAUCUAAGUGUAAGGGUAUCGAAGAUGCUUGCAACGCCGGAAAUUUCAAUGGCCCACCAAACAAAGGCAAGGACCUUACGCCCAAGGCCGAGACCAUCGAUGUUGGACUCGUCAUGCCCACCUCAGGAGUCACGGGAGGAUCUCCGCCCAAGACCAGUGCUGCUGAGGCGCCAACUACCUCUGCCGCCGAAGUCAAGACCAGCCCCCCGGUUUACACAUCUGCUACUGCCGCACCAAAGACCUCGGCAGCUCCCGUAGAAGAACCAUCAUCCACCGACGUCGGCAACUAUAGCGCCGCCCCAACUGUCGCGGAGACUCCGAAGCCAAAGCCUAUCUCCACCCCGGCUUCUGAGGCCACACCAGAACCUACCAAAGUGGUCUGCCCUCCUGGAUACGAGUGUGUAACCAUCACCACCACGAUCGUCAAGACGGAU